AUGAUCAAUUACUACGCAAGGACCUGGCCAAACGUGGAUCCAAAGGACUCAACGGUCAUCCGAAAUUGGGUCUUCAGCAGCCAUCUCAAGUUCGAGGGACUGGUCAACGAUGAAACGAACGGUAUUGAGGAUGAGCAGCUUUGGCAGAUCGCACUCACGGGAUACAAUUACAAUGAGAUGCAAGCAAGCCAGGAAGCCUACCUAAUCCCUAAGAGACAGAGAAGCAAAGCUAUGACGGUCCUUGCAUUCGAUCACGAACUCAUACUCGCUUCGUCGCAGAAAGGCGAGUCGUUCUCGUAUUAUUAUACGGAUACUCCUGUUGCUAAGGCUCUGGAGCGGUGUCAGGUUACUUGGCGGAGGGAUUUUGGGAAAGAGUCGAUCCAUAAAAAUGAGGGCAAGUGUGGUGAGGAAAUGGCGGCUCAUUUGUACUACUUGGUGCAUCCGGGCAAGUCUUUAAGUUCCCAAAAGCCAAGGGUUGCUACUAUUGUGGGAGGUAAAAGGACUGAUCCUUGUACGGAUAAUAAAGGAGAGAAAUUCGGAUGCAGCACAUUUGUUCAGGAGUACGGCAUUGAUGUCGUGGAUGCCAACAAAGAGUUCAAAGAGUUCAGUCUGAGUGAGAUUGCGGGUGGUAUAGAGAAGAGGAGCCAGAUCCAGUUAUGCUACUCUCCUGAUACGAGCAGCAACAGCAAGAAAUAA